AUGAUGCUGUCGCGGUCUACUUUCAGCCGGAAUGCGCCCCGUGCGCUCCAGAAGCAGUGCUCUGCUGCUGGCGCCAGCAGCCGUCGGGGCAUGGCCUCUGCUGCCACUCCUGGUCUCCAGUACGAUGUCUCUGAGUCUGCUGGUGUGAAGGUCGCCAACCGGGAAGUUGCUGGCCCUACCAGCACCCUUGCUCUGGUUGCAAAGGCUGGUCCCCGUUACCAGCCCGUCCCUGGCUUCUCCGAUGCCCUCGAACAGUUCGCUUUCAAGUCUACGCUGAAGCGCUCGGCACUGCGGAUCAAUCGGGAAGUCGAACUGCUGGGCGGUGAAGUUUCCUCUACACACUCUCGCGAGAACGUCGUCCUCAAGGCCAAGUUCCUUUCUGGCGAUCUCCCCUACUUCGCUGAACUUCUCGCCGAGGUUGCUUCUCAGACCAAGUUUGCAGCCCACGAGUUGAGUGAGGUUGUCCUCAAGACCCUCAAGUACAGACAACAGGCCCUUGCCGCCAACCCCGAGGCCCUCGCUGUCGAUGCCGCUCACGCCGUCGCCUUCCACCGUGGCCUGGGUGAGAGCAUCACCCCCUCGACCACCGUUCCCCUCGAGAAGUACCUCUCCGCUGAGGCUCUGGCUGAGUACGCUCAGCAGGCCUUUGCCAAGUCCAACAUCGCUCUUGUUGGCAGCGGUGCCAGCUCCGCCGACGUCUCCAAGUGGGUUGGUGACUUCUUCAAGGCCGUCCCCAGCGGUGCCCAGCUCCAGAGCGCUGCCUCCAAGUACUACGGUGGUGAGCAGCGUGUCUCCACCAAGGCCGGUAACGCCCUUGUGAUUGCCUUCCCUGGCUCCGGUGCCUUCGGAACCGCUGCCUACAAGCCCGAGGCCUCCGUCCUCGCUGCCCUCCUGGGUGGUGAGUCCUCCAUCAAGUGGACCCCCGGUUUCUCCCUCCUCGCCCAGGCCACCCAGGGCUUCUCCCAGGUCCGUGCCUCGACCCAGAACCUUACCUACUCGGAUGCUGGUCUCUUCACCAUUGCUCUCUCUGGUAAGGCCGACCAGAUCACUUCUGUUGGUAAGAACGCCGUCGACCUUCUCAAGAAGGUUGCCGCCGGUGAGGUUGCCGCCGAGGAGAUCAAGAAGGCCGUUGCCCUCGCCAAGUUCCGCGCUCUCGAGUCCGCCCAGACCCUUGAGACUGGUGUCGAGGCUACCGGUUCCGCUCUCAUCAACGGCAGCAAGCCUUACCAGAUUGGUGAGGUUGCUCAGAGCAUUGAUGCCGUCACUGAGGCUCAGGUCCAGGAUGUUGCCAAGUCUUUCCUGUCUGGCAAGGCCUCCGUCGCCACUGUUGGAGACCUCUUCCAGCUCCCCUACAGCGAGGACCUUGGUCUGACUGUUUAA